CUUGGACGAAUAUUGUUUUGCCUGGAGAAGUUUGACUUAUCACAUUGUGCUACCUAAAUGAGUAUUCAACAUGUUUUUAUUCUCUAGGAGAAGGCAGUAAGCCAUCAUCGACCUGUCAACUCGAUAUUAGACAUUGAAUGUUUUGUUUCAUUUGCAAAAGACAGGGAUUUAAACGCACUUUUUGUUAUUGCGCUAAGUGGGUAUGGUGUUUUCACCUUGUAAAAGUACUAAUAAACCACAUGCAAGUGAAAUUCUGUGCGAAGGAUCAAGACCAGUCAUAGAAGGCUACAAAUUAUCACAUGUACGGUAUAUCUGUGUGAUUGUUGGCUGUGUUCUAACUGGUGGACUACUACGAUUACUGUUCCACUGGUUUCCUCACUGGAUGCUUUGGUGUACACACAAAACCUGCAGUCUCAAGGAGGCGAAAAAAGUCAAAAUAAAGGAUAUUUCUGGUAUCUAUAUCCAUAAAGUUCAUUACCCUACGAAGAGGAAUUCAAGGCCUCUGUGUGAUAGUUCAACAACGGAUGCUUUUCUCGGUAACCAGACAGAAUACCCGUAUAUCAUACACAAAAAGUUAAAGUAUAUCUGGAACUUUGAGUCCGAAAAUUUCGAGCUAUUACAAUACUGGGAUAAGCGCCCUUACAAUGAAGUAUUAAAUGCAUCAGCCUUAACUACGGAUCUAAUUGAAACCCGUCGAAGCUUGUAUGGAAUUAAUAUGAUAGACGUCAAUCUUACACCCAUUAUCAAGCUUGUUUUAAAUGGAUGUCUUACUCCUUUUCAUUGCUUUCAAGUGUUCAGCUGCGUAAUAUGGUAUUGCGUCGAGUAUGAAAUAUAUGCGACAUGUAUCGCUGUGUUUUCCGUUAUAUCGCUUAUUUUCCAAGUUUACGAGCUCCAUAAGAAUGAACGCGCUUUAAAGAGAACUGUAUGCAUUACAUCUAAAGUUGGAGUGUUCAGACGCUAUGAGGGAGAAGAUGGUACGUACAAGCAAAUUUCAAAAUCUGAUUUUCUACACUGAAAUUUAAAUGCAUUUUUAAUGUGCCCGAAUUGGCUUAGUUUUAAUAAAUUUCUUGAGGUACAUAAACGUUAACUUUUCCGCAUUUUAAGUGGUGAUUCCAAAACACUGAGAGAAGUUUAAAAAUUGAAAUAAACGAUUUGCGUGCUACAUUCAUUUGGUUAAGAAGAGAUGUGGGUUUAAUUUGAAUGUUAAAAUAUCCACAUACGGGACUUCAUUCAUGAAACGUAACUCAUUUUUAUGAUUAUUUUUAAUUAUCUGUUUUUGAAAUAAUUUCAAAUUUCAUUUCUUAUGAAACUUUUAAUAAUUGUUCGGGCAGGAACAAGCAAAUAUGUUGACACCUGACGUUAUAUGUUGGUUAUGUCAGGUAAGCGUAGAUAAUUGCGCUGAUAUAUUAAAUUAUUUCACUAAGCUCACGAUUAGAAAUAUCAUUCUACAGUAAGAUUCUGUCUGUGUUCAACAAAAGGUACUUUAAUUAAAAGCUUGCAUGAUGGAGAGAGUAGCAAAUAAUUUGCCUUACAAAAUGUGAAUUCAAAUUUAUCUCUGUAUUUAUAUGUUUCUAUCUGUGUGCGAUCAAUU